UGAAAUUUAUCGAUUCGCUGCAAAAUUUUGAUGUUUUGGGUUAAGCAGUGAAGUUUGCGAAAAUGGCGUCUUCAGUUUUUCUAUCCAGUUUCUCGUCAUCGUCUUCUUUGCAACUUUCUUCUUCCUUUAACGGCGACAACUUAGCGCCGUCGAGGUGCUUUAUCGGAGCUCCGGUCACUUCCUCUUCUUUAUCAAUCUCCGGUAAGAAGAACUCAUAUUCUCCGAGAAAAUUCUACAUUUCUGCUAAGAAAGUUUCUGGGUUAGAGGAAGCCAUUAGAAUCAGAAAAAUGAGAGAGCUUGAAACUAAAUCAAAAGUUAGGAGAAAUCCACCAUUAAGAAGAGGAAGAGUAUCGCCUCGUCUUCUUGUACCUGAUCACAUUCCAAGGCCUCCAUAUGUUGAGUCUGGUGUAUUACCUGAUAUAUCAAGUGAGUUUCAGAUUCCUGGUCCUGAAGGCAUUGCGAAAAUGAGAGCUGCUUGCGAGCUCGCUGCUCGGGUUUUAAACUAUGCUGGAACUUUGGUUAGGCCAUCUGUUACGACCAAUGAAAUCGACAAAGCUGUGCAUGAUAUGAUUAUUGAAGCUGGUGCUUAUCCUUCUCCUCUUGGAUAUGGUGGAUUUCCUAAAAGUGUGUGUACAUCAGUUAAUGAGUGUAUGUGUCACGGAAUACCGGAUUCUCGCCAGCUACAGAGCGGGGAUAUAAUAAACAUCGAUGUCACGGUUUACUUGGAUGGUUACCAUGGAGAUACAUCGAAAACUUUCUUUUGCGGAGAAGUUGACGAAGGUUUCAAACGACUUGUGAAGGUUACGGAAGAAUGCUUGGAGAAAGGUAUUGCCGUUUGUAAAGAUGGAGCAAGCUUCAAGAAAAUCGGGAAAAGAAUCAGUGAGCAUGCGGAAAAGUAUGGCUACAACGUUGUGGAGCGGUUUGUUGGGCAUGGUGUUGGACCAAUAUUCCACUCCGAACCCCUUAUUUAUCAUUACCGAAAUGAUGAGCCUGGACUUAUGGUUGAGGGACAAACUUUCACAAUUGAACCGAUUCUGACGAUUGGAACCACGGAAUGUGUAACAUGGCCAGACAACUGGACUACUCUGACAGCAGAUGGUGGCGUCGCUGCGCAGUUUGAGCAUACCAUUCUGAUUACUAGAACUGGUUCAGAGAUUCUUACCAAAUGCUGAACUUAUUCACAUUGAUCAUUUCCAUUUCACCUUAAUUUUAAUUGCUGCUCCUUUAAGGUCCAUAGUAUAAAUUCAUUAUCUUUGAGACCAUAGUCUUAACAAUUUGUGUUAGUGCCAUCGGUUAAGAUCUCAAGAUUAGUUUGCUAUUUAAAAUUUCCCCA